AUGGAUCCUGUCCCAUAUGUCGACUUUGUCCCAUACGUGCCGCAAAGGUAUCACUGCCACCAAGGCGACAUUCCGGACCAAUCAGUCAAAGAGUUUGCUCCAUUUCCGCCUCCAGGAUAUCCGUUGGACUUCGGCGGUUUGGAGGCGCUGCACAAGUUAACAUACUCUUCUCUCAACACCAUCAUCCCUUUGAAAGAAGAUAUUGCGAACAGAUUGCUUCUUAGAAUUGUUGGGACACCUUUUGAUACACUGCAUCGGGUCGACCAUAUGGAGAACUUCCGCUGUCUCACUAGAGACUCGAACAACAAGGCCGUCUACGGCCCCUGGGAUAGAAGCAAUGUAGCGGAGAUAGGGGUCAACAAGUGCCUGGUCGGUGUCACCAUCCCUUGGUAUAUUAUUAAGAUGCCACCACUCGGUAAGCGCAAAGAAAACGCGAGGGUCCUCGUUCGUCCUUGGUUCGGAGAGACUGAUCCUUAUUGGCAUGAUCCAAUUCCACCACCGCAGCUGGCGGAGGUGUACGAUCACUACAAACGCCUGCGCAAUUGCCUCGUGGCGGAGAAAUUACAGGGACAUCGAAGAUGGGUGUGGAGCCUUGCUACGAUUGUGGCACAGCCCCUUGGGCACACCAAUCGUAGUCAAGUACAAGCCUGGCUCUCUAGCGGCGGAGCAGUACGGGAGGGUGAUAACCUCACCGGGCUCAAUCCUUGA